AUGUCACCCCGAUCGCAUUGCAGCAAGUACGGUGGGACUGCAAUUGAGCCUUCCAGGGUACAAAUCAGUUUGCCAGCACAAUCUGACUUUGCUUUUUCAACGUCAGAGCAUGACAUUGAUCACAAUGCUGACAACACCGAGAAGACGAAACAGAAUGAAAGGAAACUACACAAGGAAAACUUGCAAAGCAAUCUUUUCAUUCUGAAGAAGCUCAACACCUUGUUUGCAAUGUUCCAUGAAGCCCUUGACGCAGCUGGCUCUGCCAAUCAGAGUGGGAGGGUGCUCAAGCUACAGAAGAGGGUUAAGGCAAAGCGUCGGGAAGCCAAAGAGUGUUCCCUUGCCACCCAGAGAAUGGUUGGAACAAAGGAAAAUGGAGGAGUGAGAAUGGUUGGAACAAAGGAAAGAGCUCGCAGAACAGGGCAUGCGCGGAACACGGGCAUCUAUGCGCAGUACAAGGGGGACAGGCAUGCACCAAGGUUCACUGUUGGAAAAUUCUUCCUUCACCACGAAGUGGCAUACACAGAAAAAUUCCAUUCUAUGCCCGAAACCUUUCAAAUGCAGAUGGAUGACGCUUACACCCACCCAGAAGACUUCAUCCAAGUGCAUAAACACUUGGCUGAAGUUGAUCUUGCAGUGAUCAGCCCAAAAUUGCACUGUGGAAUCACUGUCAAAACACUUCAUCAGUAUGGCUACUACAUGUCUACCUACUUUAAUAUAACCAUGUGGUGA